AUGCAGGGCAUAAUAUCAGCUGUCCGGGAUAAAGUUGCUUCAAUCGAGGUUACUGCACCAAAGUCUACAUCUGUCUCUCAUAAGAACCACUUCGGACAUACAGAGGCUACCCAGAAAGUCUCCGAGGCUUUGAAAGCGCUAUCGGUCAUCAAUAAGCUACGCAUUGAAAAUAUCAAUUUCAACAACUACACUCUGGAUAAUAAGAUCAAGAGCCCCGACAAAAAAGAUUCUGCUCCUCCCCUAGAUUAUUCGAAGGAUACUGUGGCUAAGCUUUCUGCUUCUAUUGCAAAUGCUUCCUCCUCUAGAUCCCCAAAGAAGAAGCGUGACACCGCAUUCAAGAAAAGCUUUGCCUACACAAUUCCAAAGGACCUUACAGAAGCUGCUCGUGAGCUAGCGGAGUCAUCACCUCCAUCCCCUAGUAGGGGAGAGGAGACAAAGUUGGCCGCAAAGGUCAGAGCGAAGUAUAGAUCAAAGUCCAACGAUACCAAUAGGCCUCCACAGCGUCUCCAAAGUUCGAAUGGAUUGUUCGAGUAUAAUGAAGAUGAUGGCGUGGAAUAUCUGGCUGCAGAUGAGACCAAUCAGGUUAAAUUGGACAAACGUGCCACCUCCGGAUCUAGCUACUGGCUAGCAAAUCUUGAACAGAGAGGAACUAGCCCAUACGCUUCAGACGAUUACAAGGUCUGGAGAAAUGUGAGGGAUUACGGCGCAAAGGGAGACGGUGUGACUAAUGACACUGCUACAAUCAACAAGGCAAUCUCAGACGGUGGUCGAUGUGGAGCGUAUUAUAGCUCUAGUACGAUCUAUCCCGCAGUUGUCUUCUUUCCUCCCGGAAAGUAUCUUGUCAGCAGUCCUCUCAUCCAGUAUUACAACACCCAGUUCCUCGGCGAUCCUACGGACUAUCCAACUAUUCUUGCUGCUGCAAGUUUCGUUGGCCUCGGAGUGAUCACUUCUGAUGUCUAUGUUGGAGACUCGGAGGAAUGGUACCUGAACACGAACAAUUUCCUACGCAGCGUUCGUAACUUUAAGAUGGAUAUUACUCGCACUGAUCCUGGAGCUUAUAUUUGUGCCAUUCAUUGGCAAGUCGCUCAAGGAACCACACUCGAGAAUAUUGACUUCUAUAUAUCUCAAGCAGCUGGUAAUACACAGCAGGUACCUUUGCCUUAUCCCUUUGUUUUCGUAUAUUCAGGCUAA